GAUUGGAGGGCGUCUCUGGCAGCAGCAGCAGCAGCAGCGGCCCCAGCUCGCCAGGCGGAGUUGCACGAGGCUGCGAAGCGGCGGGAGCUGGAAUAGCAGAAGCAACCGCCUCGUUGAGUCCAGCCGGAGCCCUGCAGUGGCUCAGACGGUAGCAGGGACCGCCAGGUUGGCAAAUCUCCCCAGCCAGGCCUGCCAGGAGCCCUGCAUGCAAAUUCAGCUGUGGGCUAGGGCACGCUAACCGGAGUCAUAGGCAUGGACUUCGUCAUGAAGCAGGCCCUCGGAGGGGCCACCAAGGACAUGGGGAAAAUGCUGGGGGGAGAGGAGGAGAAGGACCCAGAUGCACAGAAAAAGGAAGAGGAGCGGCAGGAGGCGCUGCGGCAGCAGGAGGAGGAGCGCAAGGCUAAGCAUGCGCGCAUGGAGGCCGAGCGUGAGAAGGUCCGGCAGCAGAUCCGAGACAAGUAUGGGCUGAAGAAGAAGGAAGAGAAGGAAGCUGAGGAGAAGGCAGCCCUGGAGCAGCCCUGCGAGGGGAGCCUGACGCGGCCCAAGAAGGCCAUCCCUGCGGGCUGCGGGGAUGAGGAGGAAGAGGAGGAGGAGAGCAUCCUGGACACGGUGCUCAAAUACCUGCCCGGGCCGCUGCAGGACAUGUUCAAGAAGUAACCAGCCCUCCUGCCCAUCCCCACUCCA